AACUAAUCCUAAGAAGGGGGCGUCGUCAGUUUGUUCGAGGUUUAGGAGAUUACGAUGGCGAUGGAUCGAUCUCAGCUUCUUCUUGUAGGUCUCCCUCUCUUCCUCUUCUGCUCAGAUGUCUUCAACCUCUUCGCUCCUGCUCCUCCUGCACCACCCAAACCUCAUCAUCACCACCACCAUGUUCCUCCGUCGCCCCAACAAUUUCAACCGUCGCCGAUCCAACAACCCCUCGAUUUCCCCUCCCAGAAAACCGGUGGAGGGAUCGGCUUAGGCAAUACCGUCCAGAUUGACUUCUGCGCCUCUUGUUCUUACAGAGGGACCGCACAGACGAUGAAAAACAUGUUGGAAUCAGCUUUUCCGGGAUUAAACGUUGUUCUAGCUAACUACCCACCCCCACUCCCAAAACGGCUGUUAGCCAAAUUGGUCCCGGUGGUUCAAUUUGGGGUGAUCGGAGUUGUGAUGGCGGGUGAGCAUAUAUUCCCACGGUUAGGGUUUGCUGCACCGCCUGCUUGGUACUACUCAAUGCGGGCCAAUAGGUUCGGGACGAUUUCUUCAACUUGGCUCAUGGGGAACUUCCUUCAAGGUUUCCUUCAAAGCUCUGGUGCCUUUGAGGUUUCCGUUAAUGGUGAACAGGUUUACUCGAAGCUGCGGGAGAAGAGAUUCCCUGGAGAAAUUGAGUUGCGAGAUGCUAUUGGCAAAAGGAUUGCCAACUCGCGAGUGGUGGACGGGUUUUAGUGUUUGGUUAGUAUAAGCAUAAGAAGUUGUUGACUGACUGACUGUUGUUGGUUGGUUCAUCUUUGUUUCUUUUCAGCACAGCAAUAAUAACAUAUUUCCUUUCUAUAUGUUAUAUGGUUCCGGAGGUUUAGUAUAUGUUUGAUUAUAGUAUUUAACAUAUCAUCAAUUAUAUUACAUGUUAUUUAUGGUGUUAA